AAAUUAAGACCAAAAAGCACAUUUUAGUUUUCAUGAAUUUUUACAAUAUAUACAUUUUGACUUUGUGUCUAGGGUAACUAGUGAAAACCGUUUACCACCCAAUCAGAAAACACUUGCAUUUUAAAAUGUCGAUUACUUUCUGGUUGGCAGCCGGCACCCUUUUAAUUUCCGUUCUCAUUAUGAAGGUUAAUCAGUGAGUGACUAACAUCGACAUUUGGAAAACGUACUGCUACUAGCUAGCAAUGCUAGUUCUUCUUUUCAGAGGUCAAGGGAGACAGUAUUGUUGCUAAUUGCUUCACUUUCGUUGUUGCCAGCUCGGCUGACUACCACACAGCUAGCAAUCUGGCUAGCUUGCUAGUUAAUGCCGAAUGGGAACCCAAGAAGAUGAGCGAGAUUGGGUGGACGUGGCGAAUGAUAUCCUUAGCAAGUGUCACAUUAACCUAAGACUGAAGAAGGUGACAGACUGUAAUGCCAAUGUUUUUGCCGCUUUGUAUGAGGCUAUCUUGGGGGAGAAAGUCCCAGACUACAUCGCCGCCCCGAGCAGUCAGGAGGAUGAUGUCCACAACAUCCAGUCUGUGAUCGACUCCCUGGCUCUGGAUUACCUUCAGAUCAGCCUUUCACACAUCACAGGCGAGAACAUUGUACGAGGGGACAAGGAGUCCAUCAAGAACCUGUUGGAGAUCUUUGACGGGCUGCUUGAGUAUCUCACCGAGCAGAUCAGUGAAGAGGAGUCGCAAAAUGGAGACAAGGAACCAAACGGUGUUCCUGUUGAGGAUGCCCCCCUCCCUACAGGGCCAGUGGUCCCCCAGACAGAGGAACAGGAGGCCCUAAUGGAGAGAUCCUCCCAGUAUUCUAGUGUGCACUCUGCCGUCCAGUCUAGCAGCAAACAUUCCCUCCACUCUUGGAAUGCAGAGGAGACGGGCUCGACCAAUGAGCUUAUCCUCCUGGGAGACUCCGCCCGCACGUUCACGGCCAAACAAGAAGUGGAAGCCUCUUCCCAAGCUCCGGGCCCCAGCACCACGGGAACCCCAGGCACCCAGGCCACUCUACUGAGGGAGCCCCUGCGCUCGGCCAUCCCCCUGCAGCCCCCCUACCAGACCACCCCCCACAGGCCCGACAGAGCUCCCCGCUCGGGUAGCCAGUCUCCCCCAGCCAACGGGCUCGGCAGCGGGGCCGCAGUGGAGCAGGGGGCACCCGCUGGCACCUCAGAGUCCCCAAGGCCAGUGGCUGACACAGUUACCAAUGGAGUGCGCUCGCCAGCCCACAACCACUCACCUGUCGAGAGUGAGAAGUCUGUGUCCAGUCAAACCAAGGUCAGGCUAGAGGAGGCCAAGGAGCAGCCGGAGCCUACCAGUGUGGGGCCCAGGAGGGUUCUAUUCCGGACACAGCCAGACAUUCAUUUCCUCACCCUGCAGGAUGAGCUGAAGGACAGGGCACCACUGGACACUGAGGAAGUUGAGGAAGAGACCUACACGCAGCAGGACAGUCGGGCUCACAGGGGGCGGACGGGGAUCAGCAGUAGCAGGGUACUAGAGGAGGAGAAUUGUGAGGAGCCUCUCUCCUGGCGUAGACAGAGAAACAGGAAGGCAGAACAGGAGCUGCACCACAUGUCUGAGAAGCUGUCCCGACGCCUAGAGGAGCUGGACCUGAUGUUAAAGAGAGCGCUAGGAGAGAGCGGAGAGCCCGACGAGGUCAAAGAGGAGGACAAACAGUCCCACCACAGUGACAGCGUCAUGGAGUGUCGCAGGCCCCCGAGGAGGCCAACAGGUACGCCGCGAGCCCCCACAGCUCCCUGUACCCGCUCCCUGUCCCCCUCCCCUCCCCGGGCCCGUCGCUCCCUCUCAGGUCAGCUAGAGGGCGCCAUGAGAGAGGCGGUGAGCGGAGGGGUCGCACAGAGACACGCCGCCCGUACGGGCCGACAAGAACUCCAUCUACCACACAAACACAGCCAGCUGGAAAAAGCCUAUGAGGAGGAGCUGAAAGUGUACGAGGACAGAGAACGGGCUGCUAUGGCCAAGGAACGAACCAGAGCACAGGAGGCGGAGAGGGAAUACAGAGAGGCCAUACUGAGAGAUGUUCCCCGAGCCCUCAAACCGUCCCAAGUGUACACCACAGCAGCCCAACACCGCUCCCCCAGGACCAGACAACCAACUCCGGGCCGCAGACGACAGGACAAAACCAGGAGAGCCCCACCAAUGAAGGUGAAGGACAACGACCUGCUCCCCCUGCUCCUGGAGGAGUUCCCCCACCUGCACCUCUCGCCCCACGCCCUGGGCAGGAUGUGGCAGCAGCAGCUGGGCCAGGUGGACCGCCUCAACGCCUCCCUCUCCCUGGACAACCAGAGGCAGGGGCCACGCACUAAACUCACCAGCCAGGUGGAAGAGGCUCAGAGGAGACACAACCUGCUGGGGGAGAUCAUCCGCAAAGAGCAAGAACACAACAGACGCCUGAGGGAUUUUAAGGAGCGUAUCCAGCAACAGAAGUCGACUCAGAACCGUCUGAAGGAGCAGAGGCAGCAGAUCGCCCGGGCCAAGAAGUACCACGGUGACUACCACGUCCAGCUCCGCGCGCGCAUGAUGAGGGCCCGCACGAAAGAGGAGAGGAUGUUUAAGCAGGUGUUUGAGGAGGGCUUGGAGGUGCAGAAGGCUCGUCUCCGAGAGCAGAGGGCCUACGCCAAGGAGCAGCGCCAGGAGCACCAGAACAAACACAGAGACCAGAUCCAGUCUAUGGAGAACUAUUACAAGGACCAGUUUUCAUUGUUGGCUGAGACUCUCGCUAUAGAGCGACAGGAUAUCCAAGUACGGAAGAAGGCCCAAGAAAAGGCCCUUCAGAAGAUGAAGCGAGAGCUGCGCUCCAAGAUGGAGAGGGAGAUAGGCGAGCUGCAGAAGAUUAUCGUCCAGGACGACGACGACGACUACUUCCACGGCCUGGAGGUCCAAAGGUUACGGGGUCGCGUGCAGAUGGCUUCCUUCCAGUACAACACCAGCUGUCAGCACUGACCCCGCUAACGAGCUAGCAAUCUAUAGCUACCUACCGCUAACUUUCCUUCGGCUGCUAAAAACAAACUCUAAAGUCUCUAAAACCCACGGAUCUGAGUCCUACUCCUCGAUUGUUUUAAAUACUUGAUUAUUUAAGAAUGUUAAAAACAAAACAAAAAAAUGACUCCCUCACUGUGUAUUUUGUGUGCUGUCGUUUUGAUUUUGUCAUGUGGUAAAGAUGAGUAGUUUAGUAAAUUGUCUUUCACAGCCAAACGGGACCAUUGUGAAAAUUGGAUGCAACACUAAUUAUGAAUGUCAUGCCAGGACAAGAUUUUUUCCCCUCUUCCUUUUAAUGCUAUGCAGGAUUUGUCUCCCGUACCGUUUUUAACAAUGUUGAAUGAUUUAUUUAAAUGUACUGUAAAUGCCCUGUUAGUCUGGUUUUUAGGUUAUUGAGCUAACCUUUUACGCUUUUUGAACACCAGAGGGCGUUGAAAGUUCCCUUUGCCACUAAACUACCAUACUAAUAAACAAAUCAGACCUGUUAAAAAGACAUCCUAAGUUUACAAGG